GCUUGGAAGCAUAACUCACCCCGCCCUUUGGAUCCCCGAUUGGUUCUCUUCUGGUACCUUGGGCUCCGUGGUGACCAUGCUGUGAUGAGCACCGAGGGAGGGACAGAUCACCUGCACCGCCUGGGUCUCCCUGCGUCUUGGACAUGACUGAGCUUCUUCAGUGGGCCAGACAUCACUGGCAUCGGCUGACAAAUGGGAGAACCCAGGAUGAAGAUGAGAGGCCAUACAACUAUUCCUCACUGCUCGUUUGUGGGGGCAAGUCCCCACAGACCCCCAAGCCGGCAGGAAAGCACCGCGUCGUCAUCCCUCACCUUCAGUGCUUCAGAGAAGAGUAUGAAAGGUUUUCUGGAACCUACGUGAAUAACCGGAUACGGACAACCAAGUACACACUUCUGAAUUUUGUGCCAAGAAACUUAUUCGAGCAGUUUCACAGGGCUGCCAAUUUAUAUUUCCUGUUCCUCGUGGUCCUGAACUGGGUGCCUUUGGUGGAAGCCUUCCAAAAGGAAAUCACGAUGCUGCCUCUGGUGGUGGUCCUCACAAUCAUUGCAAUAAAAGAUGGCUUGGAAGACUACCGGAAGUACAAAAUUGACAAGCAAAUCAACAAUUUAAUAACCAAAGUUUACAGUAGGAAAGAAAAGAAGUACAUUGACUGCUGCUGGAAACACGUCACUGUCGGGGACUUCAUUCGCCUGUCUUGUAACGAGAUCAUCCCUGCAGACAUGGUCUUGCUCUUCUCCACUGACCCUGAUGGGAUCUGUCACAUUGAGACAUCCAGCCUUGAUGGAGAGAGCAACUUAAAGCAGAGACAGGUGGUGCGUGGCUAUGCAGAACAGGAUUCUGAAGUUGAUCCUGAGAAGUUUUCCAGUAGGAUAGAAUGUGAAAGUCCAAAUAAUGACCUCAGCAGAUUCCGAGGCUUUCUGGAACAUUCCAACAAGGAACGGGUGGGCCUCAGCAAAGAGAAUUUAUUGCUCAGAGGAUGCACCAUUAGAAACACAGAGGCCGUUGUGGGCAUUGUUGUCUACGCAGGUCAUGAAACCAAAGCGAUGCUGAACAACAGCGGACCACGGUAUAAGCGCAGCAAGCUGGAGAGAAGAGCAAACACAGAUGUCCUCUGGUGUGUCCUGCUUCUGCUCGUAAUGUGUCUAACCGGUGCACUUGGUCACGGAAUAUGGCUGAGCAGGUAUGAAAACAUGGCCUUCUUUAACAUCCCUGAGCCGGAUGGACGUGUCAUAUCACCUGUGCUAACAGGAUUCUAUGUGUUCUGGACCAUGAUCAUCUUGUUGCAGGUCCUGAUUCCCAUUUCUCUCUAUGUGUCCAUUGAAAUCGUGAAGCUUGGACAGAUCUAUUUUAUUCAAAGUGAUGUAGAUUUCUAUAAUGAAAAAAUGGAUUCUACCAUUCAGUGCCGAGCUCUGAACAUCACUGAGGAUCUUGGGCAGAUCCAGUACCUCUUUUCCGAUAAGACAGGAACCCUCACUGAGAAUAAGAUGGUUUUUCGAAGGUGUAGUGUGGCAGGAUUUGACUACUGCCAUAAAGAAAACGCCAAGAGGCUUGAGUCCUAUCAGGAGGCCAUCUUUGAAGAGGACGAAUGUACAGACACUCUCAGUGGCUCCCUCAGCAACAUGGCAAAACCCAGAACCCACGGCUGCAGGGCAGUUCACAGGGGACCUUUGGGAAGCAAGCCCUCGACUCACCUCUCCGGGAGCACCCCUGCCCUAGGAAGUGGAGAAGGAUCUGGGGAGGUGCCUCACUCCAGACAGGCUGCGUUCAGUAGCCCCAUUGAAACGGACGUGGUACCAGAUACCAGACUUUUAGACAAAUGUAGCCAGAUUACCCCUCAGCUCUUCACCCCAUUGGAUGGUACCACGCAGAGUCCACCCCUGGAGAUUUUGUACAUCCUGGACUUCUUUAUCGCCCUGGCAAUCUGCAAUACCGUGGUGGUUUCUGCUCCUAACCAGCCUCGGCAAAAGAUUGGACUCUCCUCACUGAGUGGAAUGCCCAUCAAGUCCUUGGAAGAGAUUAAAAACAUCUUCCAGAAAUUGUCUGUCCGGAGAUCAAGUUCACCAUCCCUUGCUAGUGGGAAGGACCCGACUUCCGGGGCUCCCUGUGCCUUUGUGAGCAGAAUCUCUUUCUUUAGUCGAACAAAACUGUCACCUCCUAUGGAGGAUGAGUCUUCCCAGAUGGGUGAAAGCCCUCAGGCCAGUAACUCAGCUUGCUGUACAGAAACUGAGGCACAAAACAGUGCUUUAGGACUCACCAUUGGCUCAGCUGAAGCCCUAGAUGGACCACCGCCCUUAGCUUCCAACGUGUGUUAUGAAGCAGAGAGUCCAGAUGAAGCAGCCUUGGUGUAUGCCGCCAGGGCUUACCAUUGCACUUUACAGUCUCGGACCCCAGAGCAGGUCAUGGUGGACUUUGCUGCUUUGGGCUCAUUAACAUUUCAACUCUUACACAUCCUUCCUUUUGACUCGGUAAGGAAAAGAAUGUCAGUCGUGGUCCGUCAUCCUCUUUCCAAACAAGUCGUGGUGUAUACAAAGGGUGCUGAUUCCGUGAUCAUGGAGCUGCUGUCGGUGGCUUCCCCAGAUGGGACAAAUCUGGAAAAACAACAGAUGAUAAUAAGGGAGAAAACACAGAACCACCUGGACGAGUAUGCCAAACGCGGGCUGCGUACUUUAUGUAUCGCCAAAAAGGUCAUGAGUGACGCUGAGUAUGCAGAGUGGCUGAGGAAUCACUUUCUGGCUGAAACCAGCAUUGAUAACAGGGAAGAACUGCUAGUUGAGUCUGCCAUGAGAUUGGAGAACAAGCUCACAUUACUUGGUGCUACUGGCAUUGAAGACCGCCUGCAGGAGGGAGUCCCCGAGACGAUAGAAGCCCUUCACAAAGCCGGCAUCAAGAUCUGGAUGCUGACAGGGGACAAGCAGGAGACAGCUGUCAACAUAGCUUAUGCAUGUAAACUCCUGGAGCCAGAGGACAAGCUCUUCAUCCUCAAUUCACAGAGUAAGGGAGCCUGUGAGAUGCUGAUGAGUGCAAUUUUGAAAGAACUUCAGAAGAGAACUCAAGCUCCUCCCGAGCCAGCACCACUAAGGAACUCCUUCCGUCGGCCUCCUGACCCCCAACACUCUGGACGCGCUGGCCUCGUUAUCACUGGCAAGACUCUAGAGUUUGCCCUGCAGGAGAGUCUGCAAAGGCAGUUCCUGGAGCUGACUGCAUGGUGCCAGGCUGUGGUCUGCUGCCGAGCCACGCCCCUUCAAAAAAGCGAGGUGGUAAAAUUGGUUCGAAACCAUCUCCACGUGAUGACCCUGGCCAUUGGUGAUGGUGCCAAUGAUGUUAGCAUGAUCCAAGUGGCCGACAUUGGCAUAGGUGUCUCAGGUCAAGAAGGCAUGCAGGCUGUGAUGGCCAGUGACUUCGCCAUCUCUCAGUUCAGGCAUCUCAGCAAGCUCCUUCUUGUGCACGGGCACUGGUGUUACACACGACUCUCCAACAUGAUUCUCUAUUUUUUCUACAAGAAUGUGGCCUAUGUGAACCUCCUUUUCUGGUACCAGUUCUUCUGUGGGUUUUCAGGAACCUCCAUGACUGACUAUUGGGUUCUGAUCUUCUUCAACCUCCUCUUCACAUCUGUUCCCCCCAUCAUUUACGGCGUGUUGGAGAAGGAUGUAUCCUCGGAGACCCUCCUGCAGCUGCCUGAACUUUACCAGAGUGGUCAGCAAUCAGAGGCGUACUUACCCCUCACCUUCUGGAUCACCUUGUUGGAUGCCUUCUAUCAAAGUCUGGUCUGCUUCUUUGUGCCUUACUUUGCCUACCAGGGCUCUGACAUUGACAUCUUUACGUUCGGGAAUCCCCUGAACACAGCAGCUCUGCUCAUCAUUCUCCUCCAUCUGGUGAUCGAAAGCAAGAGUUUGACGUGGAUCCACAUGCUGGUCAUGGUUGGGAGCAUCUUGUCCUACUUUUUCUUUGCCUUGGCUUUUGGAGCCUUGUGUGUAACUUGCAACCCACCCUCCAACCCCUACUGGAUCAUGCAGAAGCACAUGUUGGACCCAGUGUUCUACUUAGUUUGUGUCCUUACCACCUGCAUAGCUCUUCUACCCAGGUUUCUAUAUCGAGUUCUUCAGGGAUCUGUGUUUCCAUCUCCAAUUCUGAGAGCCAAGUGCUUUGACAGACUAGCUCCAGAGGAGAGAGCAGAAGCUCUCAAGAAGUGGAGAGGGACUGCAAAGACCAAUCAGGUGGCAUCUACGUGUGCUAGCCAAUCAGCUGCCCAUUCAGGAAGACCCAUGACUGGCCCUUCUGCUGCCCUUGCAAUGAAGUCAACAACAGUGUGUGCAGUUGAGCCAGAAAACUUACCUACAUGUGAGACUAUGCUUGACCUCGGCUGCUCGGAACUAGGAGCCACGAAGAUGCCUGAACUUUUAGCACGUUAAAAGCACAGGAUACCCUGCUUAGCCCUGUGGGAAACCUUUCAAAUUUGGAAGGAUUCAGAAGAGGUGUCUUUCAAAAGUGAGGAUCACUUGCGUUUCUGUACAAGGCAUAUCAGCAUUUUGCUAGGCAUGGAAAAACAACACCAUGUCUGCAAUUGUAUAGCUGUGUGCACAUUUGUGAACAAGGGAUAGUGUUUGACCUCAGCAGAGUUCAGGGAAGUAGAAUAUUUAAUUCAGGAUCAUAUGUUGUUUUAUGAGACUUUUUUAAAUUUUGUAAAGGAAUUUUAAUUGUCUUAUAAAUGCAAACAAUUAUCAUUUGAAAUAUACUUAUUUUAUAGGUAAGUCUCAUGCAUUUGAAAGAUGCUUUAAGUAAGAUACAACCUGAAUUUUCUUUAAGAAAAAAAAGGUACUUUUAAAACUGGUUCAUUAUAGCCAGACAAUGGCUCACACCUUUAAUCUCAGCACUUGGGAGGGAGAGGCAGGUAGA